AUGGACGAAGACCAAGCACAGAACCAUCCCCAGAAUGAUGCCACACCGGCCAACGACGUCUGCGUUUACUGCGGCGGCCACGGCACGCACAAAGAGCAGCUAACGUUCAACUGCUCCGUACAAUAUGUCGCCUCCGCCAGGAGAAACGCGCAGAAUGCCACCUACAUCGCGCAGGAGGCCAUCAAACUCACCAACAGCCUGGGCGCCCAAUACGACCGGCAUCUCCACGACCACGCCCAGGCCGAGGCCCUCGUCAAGCAGCUCCAGAUCUCGCUGCAGCUCGCCAUCGAGAAGCGCAACCGGUCCGCCAAGGAGCUGCGGGCCACGCAGCUCAUGGUCGAGUUCGCGCGGAACCAGUCCGCGUAUGCGACGCAGGCCCACGAGAGACUGCACGAGCACUACGAGGGAUCGGCGGCGAUGGUGAAGGUUCCCGAGGCCGGCGCCUCGAGUUCCGGACCAAGCGAGGAGAGAGCCGGGGCGCCCAGUGGUACUGGCCGGGAGGAUUGGGCGGAGGAGCACGGGGAGCAGGAGGAGCAAGAGGAGCAUGAGGAGGAGGAGCCGGCGGCGGCGGGGGCCGGGGUUCAUGGAGUGGCCGAACACCGACAACCGAUGGCGAGGAAUGGCGGGCGUGAUGCCCACGACCGUGUCGUCAUCAAGCCGGAGGAGGAGAGCCGGGACGAGACCAGCCUGAACGCGAUCGCGCCGCAUCCCGGAGCCCCGGCGUCUGGGCCUCCCGGGGCCGUUCCGGCAGCACCGGAGACGCCGCGGACGUCACAGAUGCCCCAGGUGAUGCCGAUGCCGCAAAUGCCACAGAUGCAUCCGAUGAUGCGGAUGCCGCAGAUGGCCAAUAUGACACAGCUGUUUCCGAUGAACCAGAUGUCACCACUGCCGCCACAGCAGCAGAGGCCGCAAACGCAGCAAAUGCAGCAGAUGCAGCAGAUGGCACACAUGCCGCACAUGCGUCAGAUGCAGCAGACACCACAGGGAGCACAGAUGCAACAGGGAGCACAGAUGCAACAGGGAGCGCAGACACCACAUGAAGCGCAGAUGCACCAGGGAGCGCAGAUGCAAUAUGCGUCGACGCCGACGCCGAUGAUGAUGGGGAACCCGAUGACGACGCCACAUCACCCGCAGACAACGCAGACAACGCAGACAGCGCAGACAGCACAGACAGCGCAGACAACGCAGACAGCAGGCUGGAAGAAGAAGAAGCGGAACAAGAACAAGAAGAAGUGGUUCAACAAGAAGAGGCACCACCCGUACAAGAAGGAGGACCAGGAUGACGAUGCCUCUGCCGCUGCGAAGGCGCCGACGGCGGCAGACGACGCCGUGCAGGAGAACGACACGGCGGACAGUCACGGCGGCGCCCAGGUUGAGAACGUUGCCGCAGCGGCAGCGGAAGGGACAAGCACGGCGACAACGGCAACCCCGGGCCCGGAAGCGGGCACUUGGUCGGGCAUGUUCACGAGUACUCUGCGGAGAUUUGUGUAA